CAGUGCGGUGUGCACCAAUCAGCGGUCACCUCUGUCAAAUCUCUUGCAUUCUUUUUGCCGCUGGUCCAGCACCGGUUGCACAUGUCUGUGUUUAUUUCGACAUAUUAUUCGGCCCGACAAUGGCACUAUCCAUUCGUCUGACAGUCUGCGAUUUCUACUUGGCGCCGCCCAAAAUCGGACUUGACCCAACCUUUAGCGAGUUCCGCGGCUCAGCUGUCACGCAAGUGCCAGUUUUGCGAAUUUUCGGUUCCACUUGUACAGGUUCCAAGGCAUGCCUUCACGUGCAUGGUGUCUUCCCGUACAUGUAUAUUCCUUAUGAUGGUGUGGAAAAUGCUCAGCAACAGCAAUAUUUGCUUGCCAAUGCAUUAGACAAGGCGAUCAACAUAUCAUUUGGACAGACGAACUCAACUUCUAAACAUGUAUUUAAGAUUGUCCUUGUCUCGGGAGUACCUUUCUAUGGGUACCAUGAGAAGGAACACCAGUUUUUCAAAAUAUACCUCUACAACCCCAACCUGAUCAAAAAGGCUGCUGAACUCCUCCAUAACGGAUCCGUCUUGGGUCGAAUGUUCCAACCCCAUGAAGCCCACUUGCCAUUUACCCUGCAGUUUAUGAUCGAUUACAAUCUACAAGGCAUGCAUAUGGUCAACUGCGCCAAUCUGCAAUACAGAACCAGCCAGGAGUCAAAUCCUGAUGAUCCAGCUGACAGGAACCAUUUACUUCAGAAUGUAAAAGUGAGCUCUUGUGAAGUUGAAGCUGAUGUCGUGGCUGAGGACAUUCUGAACCGAAUUAACAACAAUUCUAGCCAGGGUGUGGUGAAUCCAGGGCUUGCUGCCUUGUGGGAAGAUGAGCAGCAGCGUCGAAGGGACCAGGGAAGGGAAACUCAACCAACACCUUUGACAACACAAACACGGAAACCAUCUGGACCAAGUGUCAGUGAAGAGUUUCACAGAUGCCGACUGUUCGAAAAACUGGCCAAUGUGGGGCAAGACAGCAUAUCCAGCAGUCAAAGCUCUUUUUUCUACCCUGCAGAAGCUCCAGAGGGGUUGAUCAACGCAUCAUUCGUUGAGCAGCACAGCAGCAGGAUGAGUGACGCGACUCUAACUCAACAUUCCACUGAAUUGUCAAAUUCACAGCCAAGUGAUAUACUCAUGAACACACUAGAUGAAGAACUUUUGGACGUCUUGGAUGCCUUAGCAAAAUCACAAAAAGAGGAUAAUGUUGAGGUUGGUGCAUUAGAAGAACAGACUGCCCAGGAACUGGGAGAUGUUGAUGAUGACGAGGAGGAGUCCAGAGAGAUGUCUCAACCGUUCAAUUCCACAACGUUUAUUGACAUUGAUUCCUCGGAUGAUGAUGAAAGCAAUCAGAGCGUAACUGAUAUAUUCGAAGAUUCAACUGAGUUUGAAAAUAAGUUGGCUCAACUUGAUGGAUCAGAUGACAACCAUAAACCUGAUUCUCGCAGAAGAAGACUAGGUGUUAGGAGAUGUUUGAGCAGGACCAAUGCAAAUCCAACACCAGAUGAUUGGCUGAUGCAAGAGAUCAAUAACGUUCUAGAAAGGCCUCAAGAAUUAGAUCAAUUUCAAGGGCAGUUGCAUAAUCUAGAGGAUCUCAUGAUCCCAGAAGGCAACCUUGCUAUGGAGUUGUUGAAUGAGGAAGAGGAGACAAAAGAUGUGCCUAAUGCAAUUGCUCAGCCACAACCAGGAUCAUCUAAAACGGCAGGAAACAAACAAAAAGAUUUAAUUGAUGAGUCUUUUAACACUGUCCAAUCCCAAUCUGGACCAUCUGAAACAAAAGCAAGUGUGAAAGAACAGCAUUUAGGACCGACAUCAGAGGAAAAAGAAGGCAAAGAGCCCGCUUUUGAAGUCACGGUGUCGAAGAAGACCCUUGGAACCUGCAGGGGUCGGAAAAAGGUGAGCUUCAGUGUUGCUGUUUCUGAUGAGCUUGAGGUUGACAGUGAAAGCUUUGUCCUGGAUGUCUGCGAUCGCAAGCUGAAUUUGUGCUUUGAUGUCAACUCGCCAACUGCUCUUGAAACGAAUGGAAGUGAGAAGCCAAAGGAAAAAAUUGAGCUCAAGGAAUGCUUUGUUCGAUUGGAAAAACUGAAGCUGCCGUUAACUUCUAAGGCUCAGAACGUAGUAAUGAUGUCUCAAAAUGCCAGUGAUGAAACUGAGGAUGGAGCCCAAGAGAAUCAUCAGAGUGUAGAAAAUAGUGGAGCUGAAACACCUACAAUUGUCACAAAUGUCAGAGUGUCCCAUAGUUUGACAGAAGAAGCGGUAAAUGUUAUUAAAGAAGAGCACCAGCAAUCCAUCAAUUCAAGUGGAGGUGUUAGGUCCAUAACUACACUCUCAAAUGAUGUAAUAGAAGACAUGGAGCCGUUACUUAUCAGUGAUGAUGAUGAUGGUGACAUUGUGCUGACUCAAGUUAACAAAUCUCUCGAAAAGCUAUUACAAAAUGGUCCUUCAGAAAAAAAUGAGCAGGUUAUUCAUGAGGCUUCAACUUUGAACCUCAACACCCAAGAAUUCACUGAAUCCAGUCAACACACCCCAAAGAAAAGAAGACUUUCGCUGUCUCUAACACCUCUGAGUAAAAGAGAACGACGCUUUAAAAGGAGGGAUAGAAGAAGAAAGUUGCAAUAUCAAGGAAUGACCAUGAACGAGAUUAUGCUUAUGAAUUCACCUCAAUCAAAAAACGGUUGCAGCCGAGCUAAAAAGGAACCAGACAAGUACACAAAAUCAAGCUCUGAUGAAUCCCAAGAUGUUUCUGGAAUGAAAAGUUUCUACAAUUUUUCAAUCCCUGCAAAUAACAUUCUCAUUGAACCUGCGCAACCUCCACCCAAGAAUCUUGAACUCUCCGAAUACAGCUUUCAGGCGAUCAAAUUUCAGCCUCCAUUCUACAGCGAGCCUGAUGACGGAAAUCAGCCACUGUCCUCUGCUCCUUGUCAUUUGCCUGAUUACACCAGCUACUGGAAAACAACUGAGGAUCUUGGUUUUGACAGCAAGGAGAAGAGAACUGUGAUCAUAGAGCCUCUGCUACCUCCUCCAAAGCCAGAGCAGCUGUUGGCCACUGGUAAUGUCAAGGAACCUACGCCUGAUUUGUCUGAAAUGGACAAUCUUCAGCAGGCUAGAGCUGUUGUUCAUGAAAACCACUUAAACGUGAUGCAUUUGGAGGUACUGGCUGCCAGUCGUGGUAAAUUGAAUCCUGACCCUGAAGUAGAUCCUGUAUGUGCCAUGUAUUUCCUUGUUCAUGGUGAUAGAGGAGCUUAUAGCAAGAUGGGUGUAAUAGCUGUGAGGUCAGAUACUCAUGCAACGGCUAACCUGUUGUCUCCAGAGAUGAACAAGAAGUGCCAAUAUGUGGAAAUAGUUCCUGACGAAUUUGAGGCCUUAUCAAAACUUGUUCAUUUAGUGCAAACUGAAAAUCCAGACAUUCUAAUGGGAUAUGAAAUUGAGAUGCACUCAUGGGGCUACGUUGUCCAAAGAGCUGCCAGAAUUGGACUGAAUCUUCCCAAUAUUGUGUCGAGGGUACCAAAAACUGAAAGUCUUGAAGCUCGGCAUAUAGACGUGUCACAAGGAGCCAUAGUUGAGUAUUCUGACUUAAAAAUACCUGGUCGAGUAGUGCUCAACCUGUGGCGACUUCUGAGACACGAGGUUGCCCUGCAAAACUAUUCUUUGGAGAGCGUCUCUUUCCACUUGCUUCGGCAGCGGUUGCCACACCAUCCAGAAUCUUUACUGAUGUCCUGGUGGGCGGAGACCAAACGCUGCUUCCUGGUGUCGACCCACCUGCUCACCAGAUUGCUCACAUGCCACCGCAUUUUGUGCAACCUCGACUUGCUUGGUCGCACCUCUGAGCUGGCCAAGCUCUUUGGCAUCCAAUUUUCUGAAGUUUUGUCUCGUGGAUCUCAAUUCCGAGUCGAAUCCAUGAUGCUGCGCCUUGCUAAACCCCGAAACUUUGUCCCUGUUUCUCCUGCUGUCACUCAGAAGGCGAUGAUGAAGGCGCCGGAAUGCAUUGCUUUGGUCAUGGAGCCGCAGUCUUUGUUCUACGAGGACCCGGUGGCUGUGCUGGACUUCCAAUCGCUCUAUCCUUCUGUCAUUAUAGCUCACAACCUGUGUUUUUCCACGUGCCUUGGUCGAGUAGAGUUACUGGGCAAGGACGAUCCUUUCGAGUUUGGCUGCACUAUUCUCAAGGUGGAUCCAAGGAAACUUAAGAAACUGGAACCAUUUGUAAGUCCAAACGGAGUGGCCUUUGUGCCGAAAAGCGUUCGACAAGGAAUUCUGCCUGCAAUGCUGUCUGAAAUAUUGGAAACCAGGCUGAUGGUGAAGCAAUCGCUCAAAUUCAACAAGAAAGAUGAGACCCUUGCCAAGGUCCUUCACGCCAGACAGCUUGGGCUUAAACUUAUUGCCAACGUCACCUAUGGCUACACGGCUGCUAACUUCUCUGGUCGCAUGCCUUGCAUAGAGGUUGGCGACUCGGUGGUCUCUAAAGGCAGAGAAAUAUUGGAGAGGGCCAUCUCCAUGGUGAACCAAAACCAGCAUGUCUGGGGAGGAGAAGUUGUCUAUGGAGACACCGACUCCAUGUUUGUGCUGUUUAGAGGGAAAACCAGGCAGGAGGCGUUUGACAUUGCGGAGAAAAUUGCAGAUGCCGUCACAAGAGACAAUCCAAGCCCCGUGAAGUUGAAAAUGGAAAAGGUUUACCAGCCGUGCAUUUUGCAGACUAAAAAGCGGUACGUGGGCUUCAUGUAUGAGAGCAAACACCAAGAAGAACCGGUUUAUGAAGCCAAGGGAAUUGAAACCGUCCGAAGAGAUGGAUGCCCUGCAGUUUCGAAGCUUCUGGAAAAAUGCCUCCGGAUUCUCUUCACCACCAAAGACUUGAGCUUAGUGAAGAGUUACGCAAUUGACUAUUUCCAGCAAGUGCUUCUUGGCACAGUUUCCCUGCAAGACUUCAUUUUUGCCAAAGAAUUCCGCGGCCUCUCAGGGUACCGGCCUGGAGCGUGUGUGCCCGCCCUUGAACUGGCUCGGCAGUGGGUCCGUGUGGACCGGCGAGCCGAGCCGCGCCGUAGCGAACGUGUCCCGUAUGUGAUCAUUGCAGGGGCACCUGGACUGCCGCUGAUCCGACUUGUCCGCAGCCCACACCAGCUGCUCGACGAUCCGGCGCUCAGACUAAACGCUGAGUACUACCUGACAAGGGCUCUGGUGCCUCCGUUGGCACGAUGCUUCAACCUGCUUGCGGUAGAUGUGUCCGGCUGGCUGGCGGACAUGCCGCGGAGAACUGUGGUUGGUCUUACAGGGAAAGGCUCAAUUGCUCACUUCUUUGGAAGCUUAGAGUGUCCGAUCUGCAGGAGUCAAACGCGGGCCGGCCUCUGUCAGGAUUGCAAGAUGCAGCCGCAGAUGGCGGCUGUCUGCUUAGGAGAACUGGUGAGAGCGAGUGAAAGAGCUCGACAGGCAGUGGACGACCUCUGCGGCUCAUGCUGCGGGAGGAGAUUCGACCUUGAGUGUGAUAGCCUUGCGUGUCCCGUCAUGUACCGCAGGAGGAGGGAUAUUGCUGAUGAUGGAGUGUUCAAACUCAAGCAGUGCCUCCAAGAUUUGAGUUUUUGAUUCAUUUUAAACCAAGACAAUGAACUAUUGUGCUUUUAACAGAAAACAUUUAUGAGCCUGAUAAUUGUGCGGUGCUUUCAAUAAAGCUGAUUUGUAACCUUUUAAAA